UUAUUUUAAUUUAUGAUUCGUAUUUAGUAAUUACAGAGUCAAAUUGUGGAACCAGCAGGUCUCAAAGGGUAGUAUUACGAAUAAGUAAAACAUGAGGAUUAUAAGUGUUUAGAGACCAUAAAAUAAAUUGGAAUGGUUCAAGAAUAAUGGAUGGGGAUAUAAGGAUACAAAAUUUGUCUUAGAACAAGAUGGAGCUGUAAGGUUGACUGGAAAUAAAUACAGAUUUUCAAAUUAGAGAAUGAUGAAAUUUAAGGAGUGGGCAGAAGCUAAGGUUGGAAUCGAUUUGAGUCUUAAUUGUGAAGCACAAAAUGAAAUUCCUGCAAAUCCACCUAUCAUCAAUGAAUAAUUUAUGAAUGCAAUUCAAGGGUAGUUUAAUGAGGUUUCCUUUGAUAAUGCAUAAAGAAUAUUGCAUUCUCAUGGACAUACGAUGUAAGAGGUAUUAAGUACAUUAAAUGUAGAUUUAUGAAUUAAGACAUGGUAAAUUAGCAAGAAUAGUGGAUUGUGUAGUCUAUAUAAAUUCUCAUGCCCAGGCAGAAGUGUUAGUCAAAUUGGCUGUUGAACACAAUGUAAUGUUGACAGUUUAUGGAGGAGGCACCAAUGUUACAUGGGCAUUGUAAUGUCCAAAGGAAGAAACAAGAAUGAUUGUUUCUGUUGACACAUCAAGGAUGAAUCAUAUAAGAUGGGUCGACAGAAAGAAUAUGACAGCUUUGGUUGAAACUGGAGUUACAGGAAAGGAUCUAGAGAAGGAACUAUCAAGAUAUGGAGUAGUAUGUGGACAUGAACCUGAUUCAGUAGAAUUUUCAACCCUUGGAGGUUGGAUUAGUACAAGAGCUUCAGGAAUGAAAAAGAAUCGUUAUGGAAACAUAGAGGACAUCAUUCUCUCUGUUAAAGUGGUUACUCCAACUGGAACUUUGUCUUAGAGUUUAGAUUAUCCAAGAGUCAGUAGUGGUCCAGAUCUCAACUAAAUUGUUUUGGGAUCUGAGGGCACUAUUGGUAUCAUAACUGAAGCUGUUAUUAAAAUUAAGGCUCAACCUGAAGUAAUUAAUACUUUUAUAUCAGGUUUGUAAAUAUGAAUCUAUACUUUUCCAUAAUUUUGCUUUGGGAACUGAAUUUAUGUACAAAUUAUCAAGAAGCAAGGUUUGGCCAGCUUCAGUUAGAUUGGUGGAUAACAACCAAUUUUAAUUUGGAAUGGCUUUGAAGACAAUGCCUCAUAGUAAGAGGGAGGAAUUUAUAGAUAAGGUGAAAAAGUAUUUCAUCACAUAAUUCAUGCAAUACGAUCCAGAUUAAAUGUGUUUAGUAACUGUAGUGUUUGAGGGAACUAAAUAAGAAGUGGAAUUCUAAGAGAAGAAAGUUUUUGAGUUGGCUAAGUUUUAUAAGGGAUUUAGAGCUGGAGCUGAAAAUGGAGAGAGAGGAUAUUUCUUAACUUAUAUGAUUGCAUAUUUGAGAGAUUUUGCUAUGCAAUUUUAGUUUAUUGCAGAAUCCUUUGAGACAGCAGUAGGAUGGAAGAAUGUUCCUGCCGUGUGUGAAAAUGUAAUGAGAUGAUUUGAUUUGUAGAUUUAAAGAAGAAUUGUGGAAGAGUGUUCUAAAAGAGGAGUUGAGAAGGAACCAUUUGUUUCAUUUAGAAUUUCAUAAGUUUAUGACACAGGAGCAACUAUUUAUGUUUACUUUGGUUUUGGUUAUAAAGGAAUUGCAGAUCCAGUUAAAUGUUAUUCUGAAAUAGAGGAUGCUGCAAGAGAGGAGAUUAUGAAAAAUGGAGGAUCCAUUUCUCAUCAUCAUGGUAAAUGAUUUGAAUUCAUCGUUUUAGGUGUUGGCAAGCUCAGAAAAUAAUUUAUGUAAAAGCAAAUUGGAGAAACUGGAGUGGAAAUCUUAAAAAGAAUCAAACAACAGAUAGAUCCUAAGAAUAUAUUUGGAAAUUAGAAUUUGAUAUGAAACAAUUUAUGAGCAUAAAAUUAUUUAAAAC